CUUCCUUCCAUAUUCACUUUUCAUACACAGAAGGAGUUUAAAAUAAUGGGUAUAUGCAGUUCCUGUGAAGCUACCUCUGUAGCCACAGCAAAACUGAUAUUAUACGACGGAAAAUUACAGGAAUAUCCAUAUCCUGUAAAGGUUUCUUAUGUAUUACAGAAGAACCCUACGUAUUUCAUAUGUAAUUCCGAUGAAAUGGAUUUCAACGAAGUGGUUUCAGCGGUGAGUGACGACGAGGAAUUGCAGCCGGGUCAGCUUUACUUUGCUUUGCCUCUAAGCCGAUUGAAGCACCGGCUUCAGGCAGAGGAAAUGGGGGCAUUGGCCGUGAAGGCCAGCUCCGCGUUGGCCAAGAGUGGUUACAGCGACAAAUGCGGUUGCCGGCGGCAAGUCUUGGUGUUUCCCACAGAGAAUCAACUGAAACCGCCGGCGAACGGUGGUGCUACUGAAAGUAGUAUGAGGAGGAGUGGUAGUGGUGGUAAUAAGAGGAGAGGGAAAUUUGCGGCGGGGCUGAGUGCAAUACCUGAAUAGGGGGAUUUUGGGAAAUGCAGGUCGAAAAUUCAUUUUGUAAAUAUUGUAAUGAGUCGAAUGACGGAUCAUUAGUUAACUAAUUAGAAUUGCUGGUUGGCUCAAAUUGGCGUUUAUUUAUGGUUUGUUUACAGUUUUGCCCCUAUUCAAGUUGAUCCGAAUACUACAUCCUUUGCUUCGCA